AUGAGACUAAUUAAAUUAAAUAAACAAAAAUAUUACAUAGGAUUUCCUCUCGUUUUAUUAGGACCUAUAACUCCUUUUGAUUUGGCCACUCUUAUUAUCGAUACAGUUACCUUAGAGGCUUUUGACUCCGAUCCUCUUGUAAAGUUCUUAGUGUCUCAAUGCUUUACAAUUGAAGAAAAAGAAUGGUACAGCGGUUCCAAACCUCUUAUUUCCUUAUUAGUUAAAGCAUUGCGUGGUGUUUCUCAAAAGUUCAUUGACUCUCUUGAUGAACUUACUUUCACUGAAAAGGUUGCUUUUGAAUUCACUUCAAUACCUCUUUAUGCUCCACUAAAUUAA